AUUUCUUUUCGUCUAAAGGAUGGAAACGAAGUGAGUGGUAAUGUGCAGGUCUUAUUCAAAGGUGAAUGGCGACCCGUUUGUGAGCAGAACUUCGGACAAACGGCUGCUGACAGGAUCUGUAGUGACAUGAAUAUGGGGACACCUGCUGUUGUGCUCAAACCCACUACGCUGAAUACUUAUGGCUGGCUUAUCAAGUGUGACACCCACUGUGCACUACGAGGCUUUGUCCUUUGUCGUCAAGUUUCUCGGAUUCGUUGUUAUGCUCAAAGAUUAGACGGUUCGAGUUCUUGUGGAGUUCGUCGGGUGGGCGUAGCUGCACGUGAUCCGCUCCAUUCACGCUUUGCUCGAGUCGUUGGUGGAUUUGAGACGGUUGCCGGUGCUUUUCCAUGGACAGCCGAGAUCAAAGUGAAGGCUAAAACAAUCGUCUUUUUUUCAAGAGAAGAUCGCCGCCCUACUUCCUAUAUCGUAGUCGUGGGUGAUUGGGACAUUACCGUAGACGAAGGACAUGAGCAAACCUUCGACGUCUCUCAUCUCUAUUUCUACCCACUUUACGAAGAUCUCUUCGCUCAUGAUCUAGCCAUUCUGGAGAUCGAGCAUCCUGGAAUACGAUUCGACGACUGGACGCAGCCUAUUUGCCUGCCUUCGCGACAGUUUGUUUACCAUAAAGGAAGAAAAUGUGUAGCAUCGGGCUGGGGCAGCGUAGGACUUUCUUAUCCCAAGCGGCUCCAAGCUGCUGUGGUUCCGAUCAUUGACCGAGCGGAAUGCAUGAACUCGUCUCGAAUCUAUACCUCCAUGAGCCGCUCCGCGUUUUGCGCUGGCUACUUAGAGGGUGGUGUUGACUCAUGUCAAGGUGAUUCUGGAGGACCGCUUGCUUGCCAGGAAGACAAUGAACCGUACGUCCUGGCAGGUGUUAUAAGUUGGGGUGAUGGAUGCGCUCAGAAAGCACAACCUGGAAUUUACACCAUGAUUGCUCCGUACCUGUCAUGGAUUGAAGGUAUCCUGCAAAAUCGC